ACGUAGUAAAUUCUGGCACCCCAGGGUUCUUCAUUCGAAUUCAUUUCAUCUCAUUUAUAAAAUUUUAGCACAAUAUCAAUUUUAGGUUUGUUGCUAAAUUAGUUUACAGAUCCCUGAUUUUGUUAUUGUGCUUCAUAUCCUACGAAAAAUGUUCAACUAAUUAUACGUGUUGAUUGCAAAACAAAAUCAUUGAGCAUGUCAUUUGCUAGGCUGUAUGCAAGAUCCUCUCAGUUGUCUUCCCUUUGCAAAACCCUAAAUCGCACCCCUGUCAACUCGAGGUCUCUACUCGAAGCUGGACAGAGAAGAUAUAGUUUCGUGAGAGCUAGUAGUUCAAAACAUAACCAAUUCUACUCUGAAUUUCGAAGUUUCACCUCUAGAUCUGCACAUAAUACGAACUCUUUCAACAAAAUAUCCCAUUUGGGAAAUGGAUACUUCAAGACACCUUUGGGUUCUCAUCGUCAGUAUGUUACAAAUGUCAUUAGAGAACAGAAAUCAAGAAAGAUGCUUUAUUACUUAACAGGUUUGGUGUUUGCAAUGGUGGGAUGUACUUAUGCUGCAGUUCCUCUAUAUAGAAGGUUUUGUCAAGCCACUGGCUAUGGAGGCACUGUUCAAAGGCGAGAGACAGUAGAGGAAAAAAUUGCACGACAUUCCCAAGAUGGAACAGUUACAAAUAGGGAAAUUGUGGUGCACUUCAAUGCUGAUGUGUCAGAUGGAAUGCCAUGGAAAUUCAUCCCUACUCAAAGAGAGGUAAGGGUAAAGCCAGGUGAAAGUGCUCUUGCUUUUUACACUGCUGAAAACUGUAGUUCAACUCCUAUAACUGGCAUGUCUACAUAUAAUGUUACACCAAUGAAGGCUGCUGUUUAUUUCAACAAGAUACAAUGCUUUUGCUUUGAGGAACAACGGCUUCUUCCAGGAGAGCAGAUUGAUAUGCCUGUGUUCUUUUACAUAGACCCAGAGUUUGAAACGGAUCCUAGGAUGGAUGGUAUUAACAAUAUAAUUCUUUCGUAUACAUUCUUCAAGAUUGCUGAAGAUAAGUUAUGAUUUUUUUUUCUCUUUUACUAUAUUUUGUUUUUAUAUAUUGUAGUCAUACAAAUACUUUGUAUCUUGUUGUUUAUGGAUGCCAAGGUCAUUGAGAAUAAGUAUGACCAAUUGAUCUAUUUUGCAUCUAAAGGGUACAAAUGUCAAUUCAGACCCCAAUACCUUUUGCAUUAAUGAGUUGUACCUUUUGAAACUACAUUGCUUUCAUGAGUAUUUACAUAUAUAGUAUUAAUGGAUAAAAUCUCAAGAAUUACAUGGUUUAA